GCUGCUUUCAAUGCGUUUCUCGUCCCAGAGCGGAAGCGCCGAUCGCCGAGGUUCCGGAGUCGCCUUCAUCCACAUCUGCCCAGUACGACUUGACGGAUCCCAAGAGCUUGGCCGAGUACCUCAACGACGCCAACAUCCGCCUGGUCCGGGCCGAGUACUUGUACGAGCUGCUGAAGUCGAAGAGCCUCUUGCCUAGACGCCAAGAAGCCGAGGAGUGGGGCCUGGUGACGCAUGCAGAAGUGAGGGCGUGGGCCGACGGAACUCGGGAUGCGAUGAUCUGCUCGGUGUCCCACGCUUGGGAGAGUCGGGAGCAUCCGGACCCAUGCGCCCACCAAUUGAAGUGCCUGGUUGACGUCGUGUCGCUCUUCGAUGCAGCCUACUUCUCGGAUGUGUGGCUUUUUUACGAUUAUGUGUCUCUCUUUCAGUUCAAGCGGGAGUCGGACGCAGAAGAAGAGAGCUUUCGACGGUCAAUGCAGGACAUGCACGUCUUGUAUGCCCAUGAGUGCACCCGAACUUUCCGCAUAGAAAACCUCACCCCAGACGAUGUCUGGGAAGCGGCGAGCAAGAAUUCUGAGUAUCGAGUACGAGUGUACGACGCAAGGAGCGCGGUGGUCCGAGACCGUCCGCUCAAAGAGCUCGUCGCGAACCGGGUUCUUUACAGAACGCGCGGGUGGUGCAAGGCAGAGGUUGAGUGGUCCUCCGCCCGGAGCCAUUCCGAACACAACCACUGGAUCGAUGCUCCCGAGUCUCAAACUUUUGAGCCAGAGCUGCUGGGCAAAGUGCCCAUGGCUCCGGAGAUUUUCGAAAAAGACAUGGACUCGGCAGCCUUCACCCAUCGGUCUGAUGCCGAAGAGGUGAAGAAGCUGCAGUUCAAGGUUUUCCUCCAGAAAGUCUCCGAGUGCGAAGAGGCGCUCUUCGAACUUCUGCCCGAAGGGCAGCUGGGGCAGCUGGCAAAGGCCCUGCCUUACUUCAAGAAGCUGAGGGCGCUGAGGCUCCGGGACUUUAAGGUGGGCCGAGCAGAGGCUAGGGAGUUCGCGCAGGCGCUGGCAUCGAACCAAACGAUUCGCGAGCUCGAGAUACGUGGCCUGAGCUGGUUUCGCGUUGAGCAUGGAUAUGUCGGAUAUGGUUUCCUAUGGGAGGUGAUCGCUGAAGCUUUGAAGACCAACUCCACCCUCACCAGCAUCAACUUCGCAAGGAGUCGCUUCGGCGUGGAGAGUGGCAAGGCGAUGGGCGAAGCGUUGAAGACGAACUCCACGGUCACCAGCAUCAACCUCGAACACAACAACAUCCGCGAUGAGGGUGCGCAGGCGAUCGCCGAAGCAUUGAGGAGCAACUCGACGCUCACCAACAUCAACCUCGCAUGGAACCGCAUCGACGUGGAGGGCGGUAAGGCGAUCUGCGAAGCGCUGAAGAGCAACUCCACGCUCACCAGCAUCAACCUCAAAGGCAACGACGACAUCAGCGAGCAGGUGCUUGCGGAGAUAGAGAAGAGGUGCCCACGAGAAGAGGCUCCGGAAGCUGCAAAGGCUUGGACGGGGCGAGUGCGCAUAGAGGAACUCGCAGAGCGAUUGAACGUACACUGCAACCCCAACAAGUUGAGCUUCGAGCAUUUUCGUCUCGACGUCGAAACGGUACAGGCGAUCAGCGAAGCGUUGAAGAGCAACUCCUCGCUCACCCACAUCAACUUCUAUAACUGCUACAUCGGCGAUGAGGGUGCGGAGGCGAUUGGCGAAGCGCUGAAGACCAACUCCACGCUCGCCAGCAUCAACCUCGAAGCCAACGACAUCGGCGUGGAGGGUGGGAAGGCCGGGUGGUGCCAGGGAUUGGCAAAAGCAGAGGGGUCGGGGGGUUCCAAAGGUCCGCCAGCAGUAGCCACCGCUGUCUUGCCGUUUCCCUGCGAGGCGCUUGCCGAGGCUCUGAAGAGCAACACAACAGUUCGCGAAAUUGAGCUCGGCGGAAACUUCAUCUCCGCCCAGUGCGAGCUUGAGCUCGUCUACGGAAACAACAUCCCCCUCUGGAGUGAGCAGGCCUGGGCGGUUCGCAGGGCUCGUGCCGCGGUUUCCGAAGCCUUGUCUUUUAGAGGCCCUCGAGGCGGCUACCGGAGGAAGGCCCGGCGGGGUCCCGGAGAGAGAGGGACUUCUGAGGGUGCGCUGGCAGGGCGAUUCCCGUCAUGCACCACCUGCCCUACUGAGGUUGAGCUUUGCUGA